UAUGCCUGUAGUUAGCGAUUCAAGCGGACAGCAACAAUAAAUGUAAGGUUACCUUAGCAUACUUGUAGUAACUAAGAUAAUUCGCAAUUUAAUAAAUUCGCUAAGUUGAACUGAAUCCAAUUAGCAGGAAACGUGGUGAACGUGUGUUUAUUGUAUGCUUAAAAAUUUACUUUAAAAAUAUUUACUAAAAAUGGCUGAAGCAAUGAGACAAACAGUAGCUGGGAUGCUUAAAGGCAUUGAAAGAUAUAAUCCAGAUAAUCUGACAACUUUAGAGAAGUACGUUGAAAUUCAAUCAAGAGAAAAUGUUUAUGAUUUGGAAGCUAAUUUGGCUGUCUUGAAAUUAUAUCAAUUGAAUCCACAUCGUUUUAAUAUGGAUAUAACCUGCCAAAUAUUACUUAAAGCAUUAACUAAUCUUCCACACACUGAUUUUGUAUUAUGUAAAUGUCUUCUGAACGAAUCAAUUAUGCAGGAAAAACCGAUUAAUCAAAUCAUGUAUUUAGGAGAUAUAUUGGAACAAUGUGAUUUUGAACAAGUUUGGGAUCAAGUUUUGUUAAUGUCAGAUUUAUGUGAUAGAAUUGUUGGAUUCCAAGAUUCUAUAAGAAAGUUUGUUUGCCAUGUCGUAGGAAUAACUUUUCAGACGAUAGAUAAAGGACUUCUUGUACAACUGCUAGGUGGAGUAGAUGAUACCACAUUAAAACAUUGGGUAAAAAAGUAUGGUUGGAAAGAUGAAAGCAAAUCAAUUAUUUUUAUUGCUAAUCAAGAUGAAAAUAUAAAAACAAAGAACAUUACUGAAAAAAUUGAUUUUGAAAAUGUUGCAGGAUUAAUGGCUGCUUGUUUAUGAAAUUAUGAAUAAGUAAAAAUAAUUUUGAAAUACGACUGCUGUAUUUAAUUCAUGAAUCUUAUCUUUUUUCUAUAAAUAAAUUAAUAUAAAUAUAA